AUGGGUACCAUGAUGGAGGAAUUCCAUAGCGAGACAGACAGCGAUUACACAAGCUACUGGCGAGACUGGUUUGUCUCAUCGCGAGGAAAUGAAUAUUUCUGUGAAAUCGACGAAGAUUAUUUGACCGACAGAUUUAAUCUGACUGGACUGAACACCGAAGUCUCCUAUUACCAGUAUGCACUAGACCUGGUCACCGACGUUUUCGACCUCGACGCCGACGAUGACCUCCGCGAACAAAUUGAGAAAGCAGCUCGCCACCUUUAUGGGUUGGUUCAUGCUCGUUAUAUUGUAACGACCCGUGGCUUGGCCAAAAUGGUGAGUUGGAGAGCCUGGACAUCUGAGCACCUCUCCCCGGAUCACCCAGAGCUAAUCCCGUCACAGCUGGACAAAUACAAGAAAUGCGACUUUGGGAAAUGUCCUCGCGUGCUGUGCGAAGGACACCCUCUCCUGCCCAUGGGCCAGCACGACUUACCGAACAUGAGCACCGUCAAGCUUUAUUGUCCCAAGUGCGAGGAUAUCUAUAACCCUAAAUCAUCCCGCCACGCCUCAAUUGACGGCGCCUACUUCGGCACCUCAUUCCACUCCAUCUUGUUUCAAGUCUACCCCGCCCUGAACCCGGAGAAGAGUCUGCGUCGCUAUGAGCCACGGAUCUACGGGUUCAAGGUUCACGCCGCUGCUGCGCUUGCUCGCUGGCAGGACAGCUGUCGGGAAGACUUGCAAGAGCGUCUUGGCGAAUUCGGCAUGAGUCACAAAUUCGUUGAAGAGAGUGACAGUGAGGAAGAGAAUUUCGAAUAUGGGGAAGAGAACGAGCCCGCCAGGACUGAAAAGGUUGCUGGGGAUGGGGCUUCGGGCCGGAUGGACCUAGGCAACUGA